AUGAGUCCCUUGAGACGAGCCGCGCAGGCCGCCCAGAGGGCUCUGCGGGCACACGGCUACCGGCGGCUUCCCUGGCUCUUCCUCCCAGCAGCGGCCGGGGCGCGAACGUCGGGUCACGGAAGCCCUCCGACUUCGCCGGGGAGUGAAAUGGACCCCACUAUCAUGGCUGCCAGGACCACCCGCCCUUCUCUCCGCACGGGAGGCGCGUCGCUCUGCGCAUGCUCCGCGGGUUUUCUCGGUCCGAAAUUCCCCGUCGACGCAGACCCGCCGGUGCAGAGUUGCUGCAGCGAAAAAAGAGCGAUGGUGGCGACUCUACAUUAUAUCGUUGCUGUGUGCAACAACAUGGGCAUCGGAAAGGACGGAAAGCUUCCUUGGCCACCGCUCAGGAAUGAGUUAAAGCAUUUUCAGAAAAUGACAACUACAACUAAAGAAGAAGGAAAGCAAAAUGUGGUAAUAAUGGGUAAGAAGACCUGGUUCUCCAUCCCUGAGAAACAUCGUCCUUUAAAAAAUAGAAUUAAUGUAGUACUCAGCAGGGAACUGAAGGACGUUCCUGAAGGAGCCCAUUAUUUGGCUAAAAGUCUGGAAGAAGCCCUCGAUCUUCUAGAAACACCAGAAUUGGAAAGAAAGGUAGACAAGGUUUGGAUAGUUGGAGGAAGUACAGUAUAUAAGGCAGCGAUGGAGAAGCCAAUUCAUCAUCAACUGUUUGUGACGAGAAUUAUGCAUGACUUUGAAAGUGAUACGUUUUUUCCAGAAAUUGAUCCUAAAAAAUACAGACUUCUACCUAAUUAUACAGGUAUCCCUGUCGAUACCCAGGAAGAGAAUGGUGUUCAGUAUAAAUUUGAAGUUUAUGAAAAUAUCAUCUAGACCUAUUUGAUGUGAGCAAAAUGCCUCUGUACAUCUAACUCUUUGCAGAAUUAAUAAAGACUUUUGCCUGGCUUUUAUUCUCUUCAAGAAGGAAAAAAAGUGUCUUGGUGCUACAUCCUUCC